AUGACUGUGUACACUGAUAGCAGCGGUGUGAUCUGGUAUAACGGCUUCAGUGAAACUUAUCGAGAGAGAAAGCAAUUGGAGGAAAUGUCAGAAACAACAGGUAUUGCAGGCCCACCCCCUGAGAGUCGUACAUUAUUCCAAAGACUAUCGGAAUCUUCACAUCCAAUAGCCUUGAUCUUCUUCUUGGGAUUCAGAAUAGGUUCAUUGGUUGCCUACCUCUUGGGUCUUUUAUUCACAAAGAACUUUAUAUUCUUUUUCAUCUCAGUGAUAUUACUUUUAGCUGCUGAUUUUUGGAACGUUAAAAACAUUAGUGGAAGAUUAUUAGUUGGUCUUCGUUGGUGGAAUGAAACAGAUGAUAAUGGGGAAAGUAUAUGGGUGUUUGAAACUUCAGACCCUUCAAGAUAUAUCAACCCAAUCGAUUCAAAAGUGUUUUGGAUAUUACUUUAUGCCUCACCAGCUUUCUGGAUUGCAUUAGCUGUGUUUGCAGUUUUGAAGUUUGAAUUCCUUUCAUUAAUCCUCGUGAUUAUUGCAGUUGCAUUAACAAUGACUAAUGCUUUGGCUUUCACAAAAUGUGACAAGUUUGGUAAAGCUAAUAGUAUUGCUUCCGAUGUUUUUGGUCGUGUUUCUGGUGGGUUCUUGAGCAGCAUCACUCCAUCUUUCUUAUCAAGAUGA